UUUGGAUUUUAAUUCACAAUUAUUGUCUUAAUACUUAAUAGUUAAUUGUUAAAUAUGGUUUUCUAAUUACAUAUUUGAAAUUAUAGUAUAUUAAUAACUAAUAACUAUGUAUAUUAUUUUAGUGCUUCUAAAACCAUUGUGAUAUUAAAAUAAAAAUAUAUUUUUGUAUAACGAUCCAAAAAUGACAAAUCAAUCUGAUGAAAAAUCUGACAUAGAAACAGUUGAAGAAGUUGAACCAAAACUUAAAUAUGUUCGUCUCACUAAUGACGUUCAAACUAUUUUAACCAAAGACGGUGUUAGUUAUCUUGCUGCUCAUCCCAAAUUCUUGUGUAUUGGUACUAAUUGGGGUUCUAUUCAUUUAUUGGAUUUUGAAGGUAACAUUGUAAAUAAUCGGCAACUACGUCCACAUACUGUAGCAGUUAAUCAAAUAAGUAUAGAUAGUCGUGGUGAAUUCAUUGCCACUUGUUCUGAUGAUGGUAAUGUAUUUGUUUAUGGUCUUUACACAACAGAAGAUUCUCAAGAGGUCUCAUUAGGUCGUUGUGUAAAGUCUGUCGCAAUAGACCCGUUAUAUCAUAAAUCCGGCAAUUAUCGGCGUUUCAUUACUGGAGAUGAUCGUCUUAUGCUUCAUGAGCGAACUUUUCUUGGACGUACAAAAUCUGUGGUUUUGUGUGACGUUGAAGGAGUUGUACAUAAUAUGAGGUGGCAUAAUCGUUUUGUGGCUUGGGCUUCAAAUAUAGGUCUUAGAGUAUAUGAUAUAAUAUCUCGAUGCUCACUAGGCCUUAUUAAAUGGGAUAAAAGAAACAACAUAAUACCUAGUACAUACAGAUGUAACUUGACGUGGAAGGAUAGUGGAACAUUACUUGUUGGUUGGGUUGACACAGUAAGGAUUUGUGGUGUUAAACGUCGAUUACAAAGACUUAAGGACGUUCCUGAAUACAUAGUAGAACCACUGUCUAUGUUUCGUAUUGAUUACUUUAUUUCCGGUAUUGGACCACUUAACCAUAAUCAAUUAGUAAUAUUAUGCUAUUCAAAAGAAAAAGACGAAAACGAAAAAGCAAUGAGACCACAAUUAUAUGUAGUUGAAGCAAAAGAAUCAAAGUACGUUGAGCUGUGUACUGAUAACUUGUCUUUACGUGAUUUUCAAGAUUUUGGUUGUAACGAUUAUGCCCUCGAAAGUUUAGUCGUAGAAAAUCUAUUCGUCAUUGUUAGUCCAAAAGAUAUAGUUGUGGCAAAUCCGUGUGAUGCGGACGACAGAAUUGAAUGGCUUAUUGAACACAACAAAUAUGCCGAAGCCAUGGAAAUAGUAAAUUCUAAAAAUAUAGUUUUAAAUCGAAAUUCCCGAAUAUCUGUGGGCAAAAAAUUUUUAGAUCAUUUAUUGUUCGUUGAAGAAUAUGUUGAGGCUGGACAGCUGACGGCUGAACUUUUCGGAAACGAUAAAAAACUUUGGCAAGAAGAAAUAUUUAAAUUUGCCCAAGUUCAUCAACUUCGUCAAGUAAGUGCUUACAUACCAAGGGGUGAAGUAACUCUAGAUCCUCACAUUUAUGAAAUGGUAUUAUACGAGUACUUAAAACUGGAACCGGAAGGAUUUUUGAAAAUCGUAAAACAAUGGUCGCCAUCACUGUACAAUGUGUCUGCUGUUACGAACGCGCUAAUUGAACAUUUAAUAGUAAACUCGAGUUCGGAACUAUUAGAAGCUUUGGCUAUUCUGUACACUCAUUCCGGAAAGUUCGAUAAAGCGUUAGGGGCGUACUUGAAGCUAAACCAUAAAGGUAUAUUUCAGUUGAUUACCAAACAAAAUUUGUAUCCGCUAAUACACAACAUGAUCGAAGAUCUGAUGCAGUUGGACUGCGAGCAGACGAUCAAGAUACUUUUGGAAAAGGACACCGUCCCCAUCGACGUGGCCGUGGCGAAGUUACAGGACAACAGGCUCUACCUGUACACGUAUUUGGACGCUCUAGAGAAGAAAGACACAAGGAUGUUGGCUAGGCGGAACUUGCACAAAGACUUGGUGUCGCUAUACGCGGCAUUCGCGCGAGAAAAGCUGUUGCCGCUACUGAAGCGGAGUGACAAUUAUUCCAUCGCUUUAGCGCUAGAAGAAUGCAAGCGGCUAGAGUACUAUCCCGAAAUGGUGUACCUGUUGGGUCGGAUGGGCAACACCAAGGACGCGCUGAACCUGGUCAUGUCGCAACUGCAGGACAUCGAGCAGGCCAUCGAGUUCUGCAAGGACCAAAACGACGCCGACCUGUGGCAUGACCUAAUCGGCCUGUCCUUGGACCAGCCGAACUUUCUCAAAGUGCUAUUGCGGAAAAUCGGCACGUACGUGGACCCACGAAUUCUGAUCCGCCGGAUUGGUAAGCGGACACAGAUACCGGGGCUGAAAGACGCACUCGUCAAGAUGAUGACCGACUACAAUCUACAGGUGUCCGUGGAAGACGGAUGCGCAAAAAUCGUCGUGUCCGACUGUUUCGACCUGCACGAGCGGCUGUACAACGUCCGGAGGAAAGGGUGUGGAGUAGACGAUCAGCACUUAUGUAGCGCUUGCCAAAAGUGCAUCGUCGGCCAGGACACCGUGGGAAACGCACUGAUAUUCUGCUGUCAACACGUGUUUCAUGAGGAGUGCAUACCCGCGGACGGGUUGGAGAUGACGUGCAUAAUUUGCACGGACAGCCGAACGAAACAGGCGGCGUUCCAAUGAGUACGUAAACACGUAUACGGGACACGUGCGUUUCGAUAGUGACAAACGGCGUUCUGUCGAUCGUUUUGUUUGCGAUCUUUCAUUCAGAUCUGUAGCGCGUAUAUAUGAUCGUUUGGCCUAACCUGUACGUGCUCAUUCAAUUAUUUUACUAUACGACUACGUAUUUCGCGGAUAUAAAUAUGGUACCUAUGGUUGAUAAGUUCGAUAGAUUUUUUAAUUAUUGUUAUACCUAUAUAUAAAGAUGGUUUAUUUUUACCAAAAUAUUUAUUUUAAUUACAAUGUUUACAUUACCGGCAUGAUAUUCAUUAUAAUAAUUUUUUCAAUAAACUAAACGUGUGUUCUUGAAAUAUACACAAGCAAAAACCACAAAAUAUAUAUGGUGACAUCGAAUUGUUUUUUCUUAUGUUUUAACGUUUUACAGUUUUGUACGUGGAAUAAAAAAAGUAGAAACAUAUCACCUAUCAUGACGCGACUACGCGAGUCAGAUUGGCCAAAAGCAGUUAGCAAGGUCAGCCACACUUCUAUAUUGAAGUUCAUGUAUUAGGAGAGGUAGUGAGCGUGUUUGGUUGUAUAUUACUGCCGACCGGCCAACAGUAAACAAUUCAGUGUUUGCCGAGGCCUCGUGGCAGUCGGAAAGUAUUUUCUAAGUAUAUACCCGGACCAUGCAAUUCGUACGCAUUAGAUGUAUGAUAUUUUGUAAAUAUAUUUUAUUUUUAACUUCUUGA